UAUAGGAUAUUGGUCGAUCAUGGCGGCUUGUGGGGUUUUCUGGUGCAAUUAGAAAUGUGAUGCUUCUUCACGUUUUUCUUGGGAAGCUGACACUGUAUUAGAAUUGUUUUUAUAUUCUUUAAUAGGACGUUCAUUAAAGACUUUACCAAUGCUGAAGCAAUUGCAAAUGGGCCUUCGUGCGUUUUUAUUACUGGCAUCAAGAGUUUGGACUUGUGUGUGUUUCUUGUUGAAGAAGCAGGUUAGAGCAGUGGUGCAGCAUCAACCAGUAAAAUAUGAAAUCUUUCCUUUGUCACCUCUUUCAAGACAUAGGCUUAGUAUAGUGAAGCGUAAGGUGUUGGUUUUAGAUUUGGACGAGACAUUGAUCCACUCACAUCAUGAUGGCGUGGUGCGACAAACAGUGAAGCCAGGGACACCACCCGACUUUGUUCUGAAAGUCACGAUAGACAGGCAUCCAGUCAGAUUCUUUGUGCACAAACGACCACAUGUGGAUUUCUUCCUGGAUAUUGUGUCACAGUGGUAUGAGUUGGUCGUGUUUACGGCAAGCAUGGAGAUUUAUGGUGCAGCUGUAGCAGACAAACUUGACAACAAUCGUGGAAUUUUGAGGAGACGCUACUAUAGGCAACAUUGCACCCCAGACUUGGGCAGUUAUACCAAGGACUUGUCAGCAAUUUGUGGCGAUCUUACUAGUAUAUUUAUUCUGGAUAAUUCACCAGGGGCAUACAGAGCUUAUCCAGACAAUGCCAUCCCUAUCAAGUCAUGGUUCAGUGAUCCAAUGGAUACAGCACUGCUGAAUCUUUUGCCAGUGUUAGAUGCAUUGCGUUUUACCCAAGAUGUUCGCAGUGUUUUAAGUCGAAAUCUUCAUCUGCAUCGACUCUGGUAGCAGUGCUUGGCACCACGGGUUCAUAUAGUGUGGACACAACUUCAGCCAAUACUGUAGUUGGUCAUUUGUUAGCUCUGCCCCUCACCCUAACUUCCGAGUUAUUGUGUACAGAAUUGAGUGAAACAAAAUGUGUUAUACAGAACAUCAUGACAAGAACAGUUGACAGCCAGGUGCAUUGGGAUAAGUAAAAAUUAGUUUAGGUUUAUUGUGUCAGAAAAACAAGUCAAGAGCAGGAAGAGGAUCCUAAAGGAAGAGAUUUACCCUGAUAUUAGAAAAACUAUGGUACGAAUGUUUGACGAGUGGAUGCUGAUGGUGAAUAUCUUGUUUUGAAUCCACCAUUCCUUCCUCGAACAGUAUAAUGUUUAUUAACUUAAGGACAGAUUCUCAGUUUCUAAUCAUAUUGACAAAUGAGGAGGACUGUUGACAGGCACAAAGUAGCCCUAUUACACUUGGCACAUGUUAUGUUAGAAUUCAAGUAUUCAGAUUUCAGUUAUGAAGUAACUAAUUAUUGUUUUCUGUAUCAGAAAACAUAGUUACAUUAGGACUGGUUACAACACAAGUCUCAGCAGUUUUUUUAUUUACUUGUUAAUAAAACUUAAUAUAUAGUAAAACUGCAGUCUUAUCCUUUUGCACUCAGUGAUGUGUACUGGUAUAACAAUGUAUUUAUGAGAAUUUACUGGGGUGUCAGUUAGGUUUAACACUCAUUGUUUGGUGAGAAAUUUCAUAUUAAAGAGUGUGUAAUAAUAUGAAUUGGAAUUCUCCAAAGGCUACAUAUUUAAAUUUAACCACUUAAGUGUAAUUACGACUUUUCAUGGAUUAGAUGUGUUUUGUACACAAUGCAUUAGUUCAUGUGUUACCAUUAAUUUAAUUUGGGAAAAGAUAAGAGGACUUUUUGAUAGUGUGGUAUCUGUUUGUUUGCACUGCAUUACGAAUACCUGAAACAGUUAAGAUUUACUGAAUCAGAAUUUUAACAAGGUAUUAGUUAAGUUUGAGGUAUUAUUUGGCACCCCAGUGAAUCACUAUUGUAAAUACACUUCAACAGGAUAAUGAUAGUAAAAUUAAUUGUUGUCUUUUGGGGAAAGAAGAAAACAUUUUAGUUCAGUUAGUAAUAGAUAAUCAAUUUUCUGAGUACAAGUAAACUAAUUGUGAUGUUCAUAAUGGUAACAAAAUUAAAAAAGUAAAGUCCUGUAAAUUUAUAUGUGUUGUGUUUCUUUUUAAUAUUAUGUGCAUGUACAGAAUUUUUCUGUAUAAUAUUACUUGUAAAGUAAAAUGAAAGUUAACCAGAAACCAACACAUAAAAUGCUAGUCUUCUUUGACUUUUAUGUUUGGUUUAUCAUUGAAUACAGAUUUUAUUAAGAGAAGAGAAAUUAUGGCAUUGCACUGUAUGGAGGAUCUUGUAACACUUAGCAGGGUUGGGAUGUCAUUUUGAACCAAGUUGUGAUUUUCAUUAUUUGAUCUCUACAUUUUAUUUUAUUUUAUUGAGUUAUGUGGCAUCCACAACUUGACUGUAGUGUGGUACAAGACCCCAAGUGCUGCUUUAGUGAGAAGUAUAAUUUAAUUUGGUGUUAUUCUCUAUUCUAAGGCACUAAUGUAUUUGUUUUUUAAAGAAAGUUUCCUGUCUUAUAAAAGUGAUAAUUUGUACAGCAGUGAGCUGUUGUAAGGAUAACAUGCUUCCGGAGUUACAGGAUUGAAAACAUCCCCAUAUACAAAUGUGGUGAUUAUAUGUUGUUAAUAAUUUUGUGUGUUCAUACAGAUUUUAGAGGCCAACUGCUAAAGCAGGGUUGCAGUACCACAAAUCCAUGUCUAUUUGCCACAAAUCAUUGAUCAAGUCUUUUACUUUUAGACAUAAAAAUCAUGUUUCAUAAUAACUGUGUAGCGAGAAAGGGAAUGUUAAGAUGAUAUUCACGCUGUACAUAUUUGGACUAGCUUUGUUGUGGUAAUUGUUUGACAAAUGUACAGAUGUAUUUCAUAUUGUCUCAUCUUCAUUUCAACUAGAACUAACAAAUUAUACAAUGUUGA